AUGGCGAGAAAUCCUUAUGCAAACACGCAGAUGCAAAGCUUCUGGAAAGAAACUGUUGAAAAAGAAGCAGCUGCCAGAUUACUGGCUUUUCGUAAACAGAAAGGACAGCCUAGAAACACAGCACGACAGCUUGAAGUGUUUAGAAAGAAAAUAUUGGAUAGUAAACCUUCAGACGCUGUUUUAGAACUACCGCCGAUAUCUUCUCACAAAAAGAAGACUGAUUUAGAUGACAGCAAUUGUGCAGACAAAUGGGCGCCAGAGACUUUGCUGAAUGCACCAGAGAUGCGACCAGUGACUCCAGAAGUGAGAAAAACUCUGUAUAAUGGGUUUACCAAGGAAGGCAAGGGCCGGCAUGUUUAUCUUCACCACCGUUACGAGAAAGAUCCAGAAGAAAAGUACACAUUUCCAACUUGUACAUCUUGGGAGUAUGGUUGGAAACUUGGGGAAGUCAUCAAAAAAGAUGACAUAAAAAAGCCCAAAUAUGGACGUUACAGGAUUGUGGAAAAUACAUUUUACACCAGAAAUGGGCUUAUGAGUAGCUACAGCAGGGGGCAUUAG